AAUUUUCAAACCCCCGCCAGAAAAUAGUUUAAGAUACGCUCUUCUUUUCCCGGUAACCUUUUUGGCCGUCAAAAUUUUGCGGUGAAAAGGCGGGCUUGUAAAUUGUCCCAAGGUAUAAGCUAAGCUAUCUUCAAAUAAGGAAAGGGAAGAAAAAAACCCGAAAACCAGACCCUCAGGUGCACAUUCUGCUGCUGAAGCAGUGGAAAUUGUCUUCGGCGAAGUCUGCGCUUAGCGCGGAUCGACGGAGCAGGUUGAGAGCUACAAUUUGAGCCAUUGAAUGACUGUUGCCGCGAAAGAUUUAAUUAAUUUGGAGUUUUUCUCGGAAUCUCGGUGGCUGUAAAAUUUCUCGGCAGCUCCAUUUUAAUGCUAUUUUUUUAAAGGUUCAUCUCAGAAUUGGCGAAUUUUUGGCGUUUAUCGGGCGGGAGUCGUGGCUUCAGAAGAGAUUUCAUGUGGUACAGGUUGAAAUUGAUGCCGGAGAGUGUGUUGAAGCCUUGCAAUUGAGAAUUUUUUAGGAGGGAAUUUCGUUGCAGUUUUGAGAAGCUACAUUUACUCAAGAAGGUUAUAUCUUUGGGGCGAAUUGUUCUCUUCUCUAUGCCUCUCUUCAAGAGGAAGCCGUUUCCUCUUGCCAGGGCACCGGAAGAUAUUAAACCCAAUGAUUUGGUAUUUCAGAUACGAUUUACCAAGGAAAUUUUCAAGGACUAUCAAGAAUAUUUGGAACGGAUAAACCUUUAUCGCCAGAGAGUAUGGGUGUGCAGAGUUACUGGAAAGACAAAUUUAACUUAUGAAGAGGCUCUUGUCUCAGAACGUUGUGCGACAGAGAAGGUUCAACAGUUUCCAAAGGAUUUGAUUGGAUUAGUUUUGCGAAACAUCCAGUUCAGCACAUUGAGGUUAAAAGAGCUUGUUCCCAAAAUAUCCCAAAGCAUCAAAGAUGUCUUUUUGGUAGGUGAAGAAGUCACAGGUAGAAAAGCAGACACUUUAAUCCCUUGCAAGAUUCUGAAGGUGAUCCAGGAGAUUGAUGAUAGUGAGGGUACAUUUAAGUAUGAAGUUGGUUGGCUUGACAAAAAUAAACAAUUAACUGAUGCAUCUGUAGAAAGUGCUGAGACUUUGGUUCGAAAGAAGCCUCUUGUUACACAAGAUGUCUUGAAGUCUUUUAUCAGAGAAUCAACAAGGUGCAGUACCCCACCUUGUUGGAUUGUACAUGACGAACUGGCAAAGAAGUACAGACUUCCCACUGAUAUCCCAGAGGAUCUGAAGAAUAAAAUUGUUAAACAGGAGAAACAACAUGAUCCUCACAGUGAAGGAAAUAAAAAAAGCUCUGAACAGAAUAUGGAAAAUGGAGAGAAUGGCAGCAAAAAGCGCAAAAGGAAAGAAACGGAAGAGGGAGAUGAGGGAUCCAAAGCAAAGAAAGAAAAAGACAAAGUUGAAGAGCAACCGAAAGUGGAACCUAUUAAAUAUCCUAUUGAAGAUUCUUUGGUGCAGCCUGGUCCAGAUGAUCCAGUUUUUACAGAAAGGCCAUUACCAGCUACGGAUUUUCUCAUGCCUAUGGAUUGUGUAGGGGAUCUUCUAAUGGUCUGGGACUUCUGCGUUUCCUUCAACAAAGUGCUUCAUUUGUGGCCCUUCUCCCUUGAGGAUUUUGAGAAGGCCAUUGAUUACAAGGAAGGUGAUAUAACUCUCUUGGCAGAGACACAUUGUGCUCUCCUCCGUAUUGUGUUAAAAGACUCCAGUGCUUAUGAGGAUUUAAUGCAGAAGAAGAAAAUGCCUAAGUUGUCAGUACAAAACUGGCAGGACCAUCUUUGUGCAUUUUUUGAGGUAGAAGAAGUGGGAAAGUAUUCAAACCAUUUGGAAGAGAUAAGGGGUGGUAAUUACCGGGGAUUAAGUCCACAUGCAAAAUUAGGCUUUUUGCAUGAGUUGGUUGACCGAGCUUUUCCUUCUGAUGUUAUUAGAGGGCAACUAGAUGAAUAUAUUGAAGAACGACAGGCACUAGCAGCUACAAAACGAGAGGAGGAGAUGGAGGAAUCUAGAAGGAAAAAAGAACAAUUACUACUACUUAAACAACAAAAUGCUGAGGGCAAAGAGGAUCCAGAUGGAAAUGUUACACAAGGAAAUGGUGAAAACAUUAAGACCAUGGAUGCUUUAGAUUCUGAUGUGUUAAAAUCUGCUUCUGAACAGAAUGGUUCUGCGUCUGAGCAGAAUGGAUCCACUUCUGGACAUAAGCGAUCUAAUUCUGACAAUGGUGUAACUAAGACUUCAGAUGCAAAUAAAACUCAGAUUGUAUCAGAAAAUCAUUAUGAAAAUGGUGAUGUAAACCAUUCUCUUAUGCCAACAUCAAGACGAGCUGCAUUACAGCAGAAGUUAGAUGCAAAAGCUGCUGAAGAAAGAGAAAAAGAAAUGGCAAGGCUUGAAGAGCAGAAGAAAAUGCAAGAGAAAAGAAAGGCAAAAGCUGAGAUAGUAAAGGAACAAAAGCUUCGAGAGCAAAGGGCAUUGGAGAUGCAGAAAAGGCAAGAGCAUUUUGAACGAGAAAUAGAAAAACGUUUUAUUCGGACAAAUUCAUUAGGGAAGGAUAAGAAUUACAACAGAUAUUGGUUUUUUCGCCGCGAGGGUCGGCUCUUUGUUGAAAGUGAAGAUUCUAGCCAAUGGGGCUACUAUAGUGCAAAGGAAGAGCUUGAGUUGCUUAUGGGCUCCCUGAAUCCUAAGGGUGUGAGAGAGAAAGCCUUACAAAGGCAGCUAGAGAAACAUUGUACAAAUAUAAGUAAUGCAAUGCAGAGGAGAUUAAAGGAAAUUGCACAGAGGUUUGCAUUGGAAGAAGCUGCUAUACGAAGAUCUACUCGAGUUCGCUCACAGCCCAAGGCAGCAGGAGUUGGAUUCUUGAGUUAUGUUAAUAAACACAGAGGCUAGUCAUUUAGCUGACACAUCCCAUGUAUGGGAUUGAAUCUUUAUUUUGAUACAUUGAUGUUAUUACUGAACUUAAGGGUUCAAGGUCAUUGUUGCUACAUGUGAAAAAUCAUGAGUCAGAAAUGCUAGAGGCGGAGGCCCGAGCGUCAAAAUUUUGUUAGAUUACAUUAUUUUUGUAAAAUAUCUUUAAACAGAUUUUUCCCCCCUAUCCCCGUUGUCAAAGAUUUUACCUUUCUUGAGGUGUUGAUUAUAUUAUUAAUUGAAAAGCUCAUUUGAUAUAAUUA